UGAGUCCGCUCCUUUCUCCCUGUAAAACCUUGGGACACUUCUGUGAACCCUGAGCCCACGUCUCCCCUUCUGUGAAAUGGGGCCGAGGCCCCCUAAGUGGCCGAUGGCGGGGAAUGGGGUGGGGGGGGGGGUUCCUGGAGGCGUGGGUGGCAGCCCUACUCCACGCCCGCAUUCCCAGCGCACCGCCCAGGCCACGCCCCUCGCCCCCUCAGACCACGCCCCCCGCCCUCCCGCUGGCCCCGCGCGUUGCCAUGGGGACACGCGUACACAGGCCGGGCGGGUGCGCGGGGCGCCGGCCUCCGGCUGGAGAAUCCGCGGGAGCGUGGCCGGGAGGCCUCGCCCCGGAGCGGGCCUGGCGCCUCGCGAGCCCGCCAGGCUGUGGGCGGAGGACGGAGUGCGGGCAUCUUCCUCCGGCCAGGAAAAGCAGAGAGUAUGAAAGCCUAUCUAAAGAGCGCCAAAGGCUUUUUUGUCCUGAACAAAAGUACGACGAUUGGAAGGCACGAAGACUCAGACCUGGUUCUAGCGUCUAAGGACAUCGACAACCACCACGCGCUCAUCGAAUACGAUGAGGCCGAGGGCAGCUUCGUCCUCCAGGACUUCAAUUCCCGCAGCGGCACCUUCGUCAACGACUGCCACAUCCAGAACGUGGCCGUGAAGCUGCUGCCCGGGGACCUCCUGAGGUUCGGGUCCGGAGAGCUGAUCUACGAACUCGUCAUCGAGAACCAGCCUCCCCCGGUCUCCUUCCCGUGGAUGGGGGGCCCGGUCCGCUGGCCAAGAGCACAGCCGCCUGGGUUCGCAGAGCAGCCGGCCCACUCGCCUUUGCCGCCACAGAUGCCCUUCCAGCCGGGCGUCCAGCCAGCGCCAGCGCACAAGAACUGGUCCCAGGCCUUCCCCAGGCCGACCACGGCCCCGCCGGCCUGCCACAGGCGGCCCAUGAGCGCCUGCGGGAAGAUGUUCUCCUUCGUGGUGGAGGGCGCCCCCCAGGCUCCGGUCAUCAAGCAAGUGUGGGCCAGCGCCGCGGAGCUGCUGGAGCAAUCGGUGGCCGAGGGCAUGGCCGGGGCGGCCCCUCCCGGGGAGUUCUACAUGGACCAGGACCUGGCCCAGCAGGACAAGGAUGAGGUCAUCCUGAUGCUGGGAAGAGAAGUGAGCCGCCUCUCGAAUUUCGAGCUCGAAUCCAAGUACAAAGACGCCGUGAUCGUGAACCUGCAGAACGAGCUGGCCAGCCUGAGUCAGACGCUGCUGACGGAGACCACCUUCCCCAGGGGCGAGCGGGGGCCCCCGCCGAAGGGCCCCGUUCUGAACGAGUACAUCGACGCCAAGCAGAGAGAGAUCCAGAGCCUGAAGAGCCAGGUCAGCGCCCUGCAGCAGGGCUACAGCCAGGUGCUGAGCCAGACCCUGUCCGAGAGGAACUCGGAGAUCAGCUUCCUGAAGAACGAGGGCGAGACCUUACGGAGGGACCAUGCCAUCUCGUCCGGGAUGGUGUCGUCUUUGCAAAAGGACGUGGUCGCCAAGGAUGAGGAGGUGCAACAGCUGAAGCAGGAGGUGAGCCAGCUGAAGAGCGAGAACAAAGAGAAGGACCGCCAGCUGGAGGCCAUCAGCUCCAGAUGCUCCCUGCUCAAGGAGGCGCUGACCAAGGAGGAGGCCCAGAAGGAGCACCGGGAAGCCCAGGAGAAAGAGCUGAAACUCAGCAAAUCCCAAAUCCAAAACAUGGAGAGAGAGAUGAGGAGGCUCAGGGAGGAGCUGAAGAAGAGCACCUCCGACCAGAGCGUGGUCUGCAAGACGCUCCGGGAAAAGAGCAAGGUUGAAGAGAAGCUUCAGGAGGAUUCCAGAAGGAAAUUGCUUCAGCUCCAAGAAAUGGGGAGCAGAGAGAGCCUCAUUAAAGUCAAUUUGGAAAGGGCAGUAGGUCAGCUGGAGAACUUCAGGAGCCAAGUCAUCAGGGCCACGUACGGGCAAGCCAAGCCGUUUCAGGACAAGCCCGUCAGCGACCAGCAGUUAAUAGAGAAGAUCAUCCAGGUCACGGAGGACAACGUCAGCUUUCAGCAGAAAAGGUGGAAGGAGAGCCAGCUUAGCCACUGCAAGCAGGAGGCGCUCGCCAAGAGCAUCGAGAGGCUGCGGGCAUCGCUGGACAGCUGCCAGGCGCGCAUGAAGCAGUCCUGCUGCAGCUCGGACCUGAGGAAGGAGGUGGAGCUCCUCCAGGCCCUGCAGGUGAGCCCGCCGGUGUCCGGGCUCCAGAAGGCGGCGCUGGACCUGGUGCGCCUGUCGCAGUCCUGGCUGGAGGACGCCGAGGGGCUCCUCCGGGACAUGGGGAUCCAGCUGCCCGGCUCCAACAAAGGGCUGUCUUUGUACCUGAAGCAUCUUCUGGAACAUUAUAAAAAAGUCUCCGUCCGGACCCAGGAACUGCAGAUCAAAGUCAGCAGUACUCAGGAAACUCAAAAAUCUUUGCUGCAAGAGACACAACGGGAGUAUCUGGCAGAGAAGGAGAAGCUAAGCAAAGAAAGGCAACAGCAAGAAGAGAAGCUGACGGCUAGAGUCAAGUGGCUGAUGGAAGAGAAGGCGGCUUUGGAGGAGAGAAUCACCGAAGAGAAAAACAGAGCGAAAGAAGCCCUAGAGGAAGAACGGAAGAAAGUCCAGGAGCUGGAGGAUCGCUUAAGCCACCAGAGGAAGGCUUUGGAGGAGAGCUUUAUGCAAGAGAAAGGCAGAGUGAAGGACGCACUGGACGAAGAACAGAGGAGAGUCUACCAGCUGGAGAACCGCUUAACCCACCAGAAGGAGGUUCUGGAGAGCAGCGCGGCCCAUGAGAGGAAAGUAAAGGAGGCCUUCGAGACCGAAAAGAGGCGCGUGCAGGACCUGGAGAACCAGCUCACCCAGCAGAAGGAGAUAUCAGAGAACAGCAUCGCCCAGGAGAGACAGAAGGCGAGGGAGGCCAUCGAGAAGGAAAAGAAAAGGGUGCAAGACCUGGAGAACCGCCUGAGCAAGCAGAAAGAGGAAAUGGACCUGAAGGCGCAGAAGGAAGACGUUCUGAAUAACAAACUAAAGGACGCGCUGGCGCUGGUGGAGGAGAGCCAGAGGACAAAGGCGGCCGAGAGCCUGAAGGCGGAGAGCCUGGCCAUGAAGCUGAACGAGGCGCUGGCGGAGCUGGAAACCGCCAAGACAAAGAUGAUCAUGAUGGAGGGGCGGAUCCAGCUGCAGCAGCAGACCAUCAAGGCGCUGCACGAGGAGCAGGAGUCGCAGAAGCAGGGCUUCGAAGAAGAAGUCGCCGAGUACAAGGAGCAGAUCAAGCAGCACUCCCUGACCAUCGUGAGCCUCGAAAAGAAGCUCCAAAAAGUGACGGAGCAUCACAAGAAAAUAGAGGAAGAGAUCGCAGCCUUGAAGGACAACGACCUGGCCCAGGAGCAGGGAGCACAGCAAGACUGCCCUCCGGGGACCCCCGCGGAGAGCCGCACCAAGGACGCAGUGUGUGACCACAUGAUAGAGGACUUGUUGACUGCUCAGAAGGAAAUCCUGUCUCAGCAGGAGGUCAUCAUGAACUUAAGGAAAAACCUCACGGAAGCCCAUACCCGGAUGUCAGAUCUGAGAGGGGAGCUUAAUAAGAAGCAGAAGGUGGAACUGGAGAGGAACGUGGCCCUGGUCCAGCAGCAGAACAAAGAGCUGGGGGCGCUCAAGGAGAAGAUGGCCCAGGUGACCGGCCUGGUGGAGAAGAAGGACCGGGAGCUGGAGGCCCUCAAGGAGGCACUCAGGGCCUUCCAGGAGAAGCGCAGGCCCCCGCCGCCCAAGGAGAAGCCCCCGAGGCCCAGGAGCACGGCCCAGACGUGCGGCAUCCCCGUGCAGAUGGAGCCCAUCCCCACGGACACCUGCGUGAGCAGCCAGGAGGAGCAGUCCUUCUGUGACCUCGGGGCCAAGUGCAAAGGGUCCCGGCACGAGGAGGUCAUCCAGCGUCAGAAGAAGGCCUUAUCCGAACUGCGGGCGCGAAUCAAAGAACUCGAGAAGGCAGGCUCCUCCAAUGAUAAGGUCCACCAGAAUAAAUCAUUUCAAGACUUAAAGACUCUCAGGAUGGAAAAGCACAUCCAGAAAACGUUGGACGCAAAGCCCGAUUGGCCAGCUCUCUCAAGAACGGAGAUCCAAGCGUCUCAAAAUGGCUUUGCCAGCCUGGCCCCCGAGAAGCCGGGGAGAAUGGACGUGGCCGAGGCCUUGGAUCUCAGUGAGAAGCUGUACAUGGACAUGAGCAGGACGCUGGGCAGCCUGAUGAACAUCAAGGACAUGGCAGGCCAGGUGUCCAUGAAGCACCUCUCCCCCCGAGAGCGGGAGCGGGUCAACCAGCUGCGGCAGAGGGACCUGGACCUGGUGUUCGACAAGAUCACGCAGCUCAAGGGCCGGCUGGAGAGGAAGGAGGAGCUGCUGAGGGGAUACGAGCAGGACAUCGACCAGCUCAGGGAGAGCACAGUGUCCAUUCAGAUGUACCAGUCACAGGUGGCCAAGCUGGAGGACGACGUCUACAAGGGGGCCGAGGAGAAGGCACUGCUGAAGGAGGCGCUGGAGCGCACGGAGCUGCAGCUGCGCCAGGAGAAGAGGGUCAACAGGGCCCGGCGGCAGCAGCAGGAACGUUCAGAGGAUUACGAACUGAGAAAUUUGAAAGAAUCAACAUCUUGCAACUGCGCCUUCAAAGAGAAAGAGAGGCAGAGGCGGGUGUUUGUAGAGACGGUGAAGAACAAGAUGCAGAACGCCGGUCUGCAGGCCAGAGUCAGAAAAGCCGCCCCAAAGACAGACCAAGGAAGAGAGACGCUGAAGAGAGAGUCCUCCAGCAAACUCAGCCGGGGCCUGCAGAUCUCCAAGCCUGGCGGAAGGAGCUAGAAAUGCCAGCAGCCGGCCUUGCAAGAUCCUCUGUGAGUCGGUGUGGCUCUUCUGGGUCCAAAUACUAAGAUGCUUUUGUAGGACGUUAAAGCGUGUUCCCCUCGUGUGUGGCUUCCGAGACUGGUAUUUUGCACAAUGCUAUAUUUUGUUCUGUUUUUCUCUUUCUUUUUGUUUCCUUUCUUUUUUUUUUCUUUUUUUUUUUUCUGCACAAUGCUGUAUUUUGGAGUGUGUGAGGUGAGGCAUUCUUUAUUAAAAAUACUUAAUAAUGUAUACAUACAUAGGUAUGUGAAGAAUAUAAGUUUGAAACCCAGACAUAGGGGUCUAGUAGAUACAGUUAUAUGGUUCCACAUGUGAGUCGUGAUGCACCUAAAUGUCACAUCAUCAAGGAGCUCCAAGAAACUCACAAUUAAGAAAACUCAAGACUGAUACCAGGGCCGUAGGCUAGAAUGGUAACCUCGGGGCUGUGGUGAGUUUAUUAUAAUAAAUUUAGAAUGCCAGUCAGUUUUGUCGCUCCAUAAUAGUGACUAACAUUGAUAAGGCACUCUGCAGUUUUCAAACCACUUCUCAUCUAACCCUCCCCAAGCCCUGGGAGGUAAAUACUGUAGUGUUAUGUCCCCCAUUGGACAGCUGAGGAAGCUGAGGCCCAGAGAGGUUGUGUCCUGUCUAAAGUCACACAGCUAGUAAAUUUAAGAGUUGGGUCUGGAACCUGGGUUUCUAGUUCCAUCUCAUUCUACCCAUUCUGCUACACCAAGGUGGCCCCGUAAUUCAGGACAGACCAAGUUCCCAGUCACCAGAGAGCAGACACUGGCCAAGUGGACAACAUCCCUUUUUCAUGGUGUGUGGAGAGACCUCCAUUUUUCUUGCUCUGCUUCUCCCACGUUCUACCCCCUCUCCAGGAAGCCAGCCUCUUACCAGCUCUUUUGUAUGGCCAGGACCGCCAAACAAAAUGGGAGUAAGGGCCAGAAGUUAUGAAAAUACAUAUAUUGUUUAUUUUUUUAUUUUUCAAAAGCCAUAAUAAAAAUAAUUUGAUAUUUCAAAACCAAAUGCAUUCUUUAUACUGAUUAAAACUAGAGAGAAAUUGUGGAUUUUCUAGGCAUGAUAUUCCACCAAAGGUCCACCUAUCCCAGGAUUAGGUUCUAAAGUCAGUGAGAUAGGUAUUACCUGAUCUUAACAAGUCUCUUGAAAUUUCUGGAGCUUUACCAUAUCCCAGAAUUCCAAGUCAACACGUUUUCCUCCAGCAUCUGAAGAGACCACUUGGGUAGGCAGUAGUCCAAGCAUCUGGCUCAUGUUUGGGACCCAAAUUGUAUUGGGGGGGAAAAUGCUUGUUGGUUGAACAUUUGAAUUUGCCUAAGUUAAAUGUAAUGCCUAUAUGAUUCCAUA